UCUAUGAUUUCAGUAUUUCUUAAUCCUUGUCCUAGUCUGUACUGUUCUAGAGUCUACAAUGUUUGAAACUGUUUUUGUUAGUGAUUUCUGUAAUUUCCUCAACAAGUCGCUUUGGAUAAAAUCGUCUGUUAAAUGAAUAAAUGUAAGAUAUUGCAGAAAUAGUAAGAAUAGUAUGCGGUUCAGAAUUCAAAAAUGGUAAUCUCACGUUUGAUCACAGGGGCUUUAAUUUUGGCAUUACGGGGUUUGUAAACGUCAUCAUUCAGUGCCCGGACGAACUAAGCAUGGGUUCAUGUGAGCUCCGUGUUUUACCGUAUUUGUCACAUAAAAAGAUUCUUCUCUGAUCCGUUUGUGUAUUAACAGGACAUACGACAUUCAUUUUCGUUUGUACUCGUAUCCACAAUGCAGGCAGUGAAGGUCGGACGCUGUGCCUUUCUCAUUUCCAAACUCUCGCAGGCAACACGCAGUUCGGAGCACGGCAGGGGACAGAGCGCGUGCAUUAGUGCGGGUCUACGUGAAAUGACAACCGCUAGCUCACAGCCGGUUGUGAUUCGCAUCCCGAGACGCAUGCAAGAACGCAUAGAGGACAUCAAACAGAUGCAAAGCAAGAAGUUUGACAGGCUGCCAACAGUCAAGCCUGGCAGAUUAUUGAUCAGGAGCAAGAACCCACAGCUAAACCAGUCUGUCGGCUAUACACUUGGGAAAUUUGAACAACCUGUUCUGACAUCAAAGGGAUGGAAGAGUAACAAAGCGUUAGGGGAUUACUUCUCCAUAAACAGCAUCCAGAGUGCCCCACCAUCCAUGCUCAAGCAGAAGGACCAGGGUAACGACACAGCUUCCGCCCCUAAAAAGACAUUUAAAUGCUUUAACAUUUGUUCAGAACUGGUCGAGGCUUUACACAGUCAGAAUGUUAUUCAUCCCACCACAGUGCAGAUGCAGACAAUUCCCAAAAUGCUAAAAGGAAAGAAUAUUCUCUGUGCUGCAGAGACAGGAAGUGGAAAAACACUUGCUUACCUCCUUCCCAUCAUCCACAGACUGCAGGCGGUCAGGCAGGAGGAGCCGUUCACAGACUCUGAGAGAAACAUUCGCGCUGUGGUCGUUGUUCCAUCACGGGAACUAGCAGAACAAGUGACAUCUGUAGCUCGAUCAAUCAGCCAACAGUUUGGAUUAGUGGUCAAAGUCGCAGGAGGCGGGAGAGGUGUGGGAAACAUCAAAGUGGCGUUCACUCAUGGUCAGCCGGAUGUUUUAGUGGCCACACCUGGCGCCCUGCUAAAGGCCCUCCGGAAGCAGUUCAUCAGCUUGAGUGAAUUAAACUUCCUAGUCAUCGAUGAAGCUGACACUAUGUUCGAUGUCAGUUUUGCAGGCUUGCUUGAGGAUAUUUUUUCGCAUGCCCAGGUGGCAUCCAGACUCUCGGAGACGGUUGGGCUUGAUCAUAAAGCUCAGUUGGUUGUGGUGGGAGCCACGUUUCCAGGUGGCGUAGGAGAGGUCCUCAGCAAGGUGACUGACCUAGCCAGCAUGGUGACCAUUAAAAGCCGGAUGCUACAUCAUCUCAUGCCGCAUGUAAAGCAGUCGUUUCUCAGGAUCAACGGUGCAGACAAGAUUCUAGAGCUUCAUCAAGCUCUAAAGAAGGCUGAACUGGAGCAUAAAGGCAUUCUGGUGUUCUGUAACUCUGCUUCCACUGUCAACUGGCUGGGCUAUUCGCUGGAGGAGAUGGGUGUUCAUCAUAUGAGGCUCCAGGGAGAGAUGCCUGCUACUAUGAGAGAGGGAAUUUUCAGGAACUUUCAAAAAGGGAGUGUUGAUGUUCUAAUAUGCACUGACAUAGCUUCAAGAGGUUUGGAUACACAGAGGGUUGGACUUGUCAUCAAUUAUGACUUCCCAGAGACCCACACAGAUUACAUCCACCGGGCAGGGCGCGUGGGGAGAGCAGGUGGCUUCGGGGGAGGGGAGGUGCUGAGCUUCGUUACUCACCCGUGGGAUGUGGAACUUGUGCAGAGAAUAGAGACAGCAGCAAGGAGGAGAACAUCUUUACCAGGGAUGGAGACAGAAAUUCAGAAACCCAGCAACAAAAUUGAUGUUAAAGAAAUGUAGAAAAAAAAAAAAAACUGAUUAAAGUGUGAUCUACAAAUCAGCCUUAUAAAAAGGACAUUUUUAUUUGUUGUUUUGAACCUUUAAAAUAAACAUUUUAAAAGAAUGUUUUGUCCUAAAGCUUAUGUUCACAUUUGUUUUAGACAUUUUAAUGGGAUAGUUCACCCUAAAAGAAAACUCGGAGAACUGAGAACACAAAAGAUCUAUUUUUUUUUUUUUUUUUUUCAAAAUAAGUUGUGUCCAAUAUGUGACCAUAGACCACAAAACCAGUCAUAAGGGUCAAUUUUUUUUAAAAUUGAGAUAAAUUUAUACAUCAGCUGAAUAAAUAAGCUUUCCAAUGAUGUAUGGUUUGUUGGGAUAGGGAGAUAUUUGGCUGAGAUACAACUAUUUGAAAAUCGGGAAUCUGAGGGUGCAAAAAAAUCAAAAUAUUGAGAAAAUCACCUUUAAAGUUGUCCAAAUGAAGACCUUAGCAAUGCAUAUCCACUCACAAAAAUACAUUUUUGAUAUAUUUACGGUAGGAAAUUUACAAAAUAUCUUCAUGGAGCAUGAUCUUUACUUAAUAUCCUAAUGAUUUUUGGCAUAAAAGAAAUUUAAUAAUUUUGACCCUUACAAUGUAUUGCAUACAAUUUGUAGCUAUACAUACAAUUUGUAGCUAUUGCUACAAAUAUACCCGUUCAACUUAUGACUGGUUUUGUGGUCCAGGGUCACAUAUUAUUUUGACUCCCAUUGUCUUUCAUUUUAUUCACAAAAACAGUUCUUCAAAAUAUAUCUUCUUAAGCGUUUUGGCCAAGAAAGAACAUCAUAUAGGUUUGGAAUUAAUUGGUUCUUUGCGUAUUUGUUGUUUUCAACCUUUAAAGCACUAAACAUUUAAGAACAUUUUGGCAUAAACCUUAUGCACACAUUUGUGUUAGACAUCUUAAGGGCUAUUUCACCCAAAAAUCAAAAUUUAAGUCAUGUCUGAAAGCAUAUACUCUUAGUAGGAAAAAGUAAUUCCUUAGGUUGAACACCAGAACGCCUUUAUGCUCUAGUUUCGCCUUACUUUGCGACUGUUAAAAAUGUUUUAUAUAGUAUGUCUGUAGUAUGAAUGUAUUUCAGAUUCUAUUCCUCAUGUUGUUGCUGUCUUGUGCCCUACAGUCUCGGUUGCAUCGCUUAACUCGCUUCAUUGCUAUUCAUUAUGCUAUUCACUGCUAUUCCUCUCCUGUGACCUCAUGGGAUAGUAAAGUGUCCAUCAGAUGCUCACUUCAGAAUCGCGCCAGAAAUAGUAGGUCAUCUGGGAACUUUUCGCCAACUUUUUUAUGGAUAUUGUGAAUUUAGACUCUUUUCACAUACUAUUUUUUGGAUGUAUGCAAUUUUAGAUGCAGCCUUAUACCCUCAUGUUAUUCCAAACCUGUAUGACCGUCUUGCUUCUGUGGAACAAAAGAUAUUCUGAAUUAUUUAUUUUUUUUCUCUCUCCAUACAAUGAAAAUCAGCUGGGUUCAGUGUUAUUUUGGAUCCCAUUGACUUUCAUUUUAUGCACAAGAGAACAAUAUGUGGUCUGCAGAACAAAGAAAGUAAAUGUUAAGUAAAUGUUUCUUUGUGUAUUUGUUGUAUUGAACCUUAAACAUUUAUGAACAUUUUGGCCUAAUGCUUUGUUACAUUUCUGUGUUAGACUGAAUGUUUUUUGUUUUUUUCAUUUGAAAAUGUUUGCAGUGAACCUCCCACCAUUAUGUGUGGGCUUUUAGACCAUGACAUUAUGUGAGGUAUUUGACACGGAACAAUAAAUUGAAUAACUAAUAGCCUAAUUUAAAGAAGGUGCAAGUUGUUCUAAGACAAAAACACAUUUAAAGGGCAAAGUUAUAUGUAUUCCUGUUUUAUAUGAUGUGAUUUUUGCUUUUUUUUGUUGUUGUUUCAGUGCUGCUAAUGGCCAUCUUUUGCUUAAUGGGAAUGAAUGUGAUAGAAAGGUCUGAAAGUCAGGCUGCAUGCUUCACUGCCAACUGUUUAUUAUCACGGCACAACAGGAAGGUUGCCAUGAGAUAAAUUUGAACUUUGCAGCAGUGUUAUUGAGAAGAGGGUCCUUCGUAACAUUGAUUAGAAAAGACAUAAACAGGGAGCUGUGAGCUGCCUUGAUGGGCUCAUUUAGAAGAAAAAGCAACCUGGCUAAGCAGAACUACUCUCUUAUGAAGUAAAUAUACACUUGGGUAUUUUUUUUUCCAAGUCCAUUUUGUGAGUUUUAUGCUUUAUCUAGUGUAUAAAGGACAGACAAACCAUCAUGCAUACCAUGCCCUUGACAUGCAUUUGGACAGUGGCUCUUAAUGUUAUUGACUUUGUAGGUUACAGCAAUGUUUUGGCUUUGAAAUGCAACAAAGACUUUUGGGUUAAUGUGUGCACUCCAUUUAAAGGUUCAUCAGAAAGUGUUGAAUAAAAAAAAGAGGAUGUUUAGGCUA